UAAAAAGAAAAAGAAAAGUACAACCCUGGUAAUGCGACAGACUGGUAAUCUUUUUCCCUCUUCCGUAGUCUCCACUGCCGAAACGAAAUUCUCGGAAAACAAGUCUCAAUUUAGGAAAAAGACUGGUGGAAUGAAACCAUGGGAAAGAAACGAAAAGCUCUCAAACACUAUACUAGUCGUUCAUAAAAAGAGAAUACCCAAAAGAAUAAUUAAUAAUAAAAAUAUUAGAUUAGAGUGAAAAGAAACAUGUUUGAAUAUUCGACCAUUCUUGGAAAAUUGCAAAUGAAUUCAAAAGUCACUUUCUUUCUUCUCUCGCUCUAGAACUCAUCAUUUCUCUUCCCCCUUUUCCUGUUGAAGAUUUUGAAGAAAUGAUGAAGCUGUGGAAAUGGUACAGAAAUUGCUUAACGUUGCAUCCAGUUAAGACACAGGUGAUUAGCUCUGGUUUGAUUUGGGGAUUCGGUGAUGUAGCUGCUCAGUCCAUUACCAAUUACACUACCAAUAAGCAGCAAUGUCAAUCGGACAAGGAAAAAGGGGUAAAGGUCGAUUGGAAAAGAGCAGCAACCACAAGCCUUUUCGGGUUUGGAUUUGUUGGACCAGUCGGCCACUUCUGGUAUGAAGGUUUAGAUCAUUUUAUGCGAUUGCGACUUGUACUGCAUCCGAAUUCCCUGCGAUUUGUUGCAUCUAAAGUAGCAAUUGACAGUAUACUGUUCGGCCCACUGGAUCUAUUUGUAUUUUUCACAUACAUGGGUUUCUCCAAUGGAAAGAGCGUUCCUCAAAUAAAGGAAGAUCUGAAGAGGGAUUAUCUGCCAGCUCUUAUUCUGGAAGGGGGCAUAUGGCCAGUUGUUCAAGUUCUAAAUUUCCGAUUUGUACCCGUAAGAUAUCAACUGCUGUAUGUCAACUUCUUCUGCUUGUUGGAUAGUUGUUUCUUGUCAUGGGUUGAGCAACAACAAGAUGCAGCUUGGAAGAAAUGGUUCCAACCUCUGAAGGACCAAAAUGGUCCAGGGGAAUAAUUUCUUUCUUUCACAGACCGCAUCGGCUUUGAUUUCCAGGCCAUGCUGAUCAUGGCAGAUAUACACACAAGGGAAGUUGAAAAAGAAAUUAUAAUCUGAAUUGGCAACUUGGGGUUUUUACUGCGAUUACUCAGGAAAGUUAUCCCGUGGAAUCUUGCUUUUCUUGUUUUGAUAUCUCCUUCUGGAUAAAGACAGCGCCAACACUUCUACUUAUGGUUAGAUUAUCUGAGGUUUCAUUUGGACUUGCAUAACAAAAGUAAAAUUAGAGUCAGAUAAAGCUUCUUUUAUGCCUUGGUUAAGGCUCCCCUACCUUGGGAUUUACUGUAAAUCUACAACUGAAGGCUUAUACAAAUAUGGUCAGCCAAUAUGAUUGAUUAAUGAAAUAAUUGAAGCAACAGUAGUUUUUUUGUGAUCA